CAGCAAUAGGACUAUUUCAGCCAGGCCUCCUCUCUUCACACACACACACACACACACACACACACACACACACACACACACACACACACAUACACACACACACACACACACACUGGCUCAUGUGUUGCCUCAGACAGAGCUGGCUGAGGCAGGAAGGAUUAACUCUGAUCCAAGAGGAGCUGGAGCACUGGACUGCUGUUGUGCGGUGCGGUGUGGUGUGGUGUGGUGUGGUGUGGCUUUAGAGUUCAGUGAGGAGAAGCUCCACAGAUGUGUACCUGAGGAGCUUAACAGACCAGCAGCAAGCAGGCAUUGUUUUUCAGGCUCCGAUUUUCCUGCUCUCUCAAAUCCACCAUUCACUGCGAUCUUACCAGGCAGAAGGUGCUAUUGAGACACAGAGAGAGAAAGAAAGAGAGGGGGAGAGAGGAAGGAAGGAAGGAAAGGGUUAUCGGCCCAGAAUGCACUGCUGCCCUGAGCAUUGCUGUGCCGAUGAUGACCUGUGUGUGAGACUCCUGUGUGGCUCCAGUGGCACGUCAACAUACCAGACCGCCACAGUCAGGUCGGCCUUGCCUAUGCCCCGCCUUCCCCUGUUACCUGGCGCUCAGCCCAGAAUACUGCUGCAGCUCUGGAGUUUCUGAUUGGCUGACACACGUUCUCUCCUCUUCUCAGAAAGGGAAGUGAGAGUCCUCCCCUCCACUUCCCCAUAGCUCUCUCUCCCUCUCUCUCUCUCCCUCCCUCUCUCUCUCUCUCUUGCGCGCGCAACCUCACUCACACACUCAGACACACACUCACACGCUCUCUCUUUUAAAUAGAUUUGCUAAGGCAGGCUGGGCUGCGCUGUGCUGUGCUGUGCUUAGCUGUAAGUGAUAUGCCGGUUUGAUUUGAUUUUCCAAGACUGAGCCACGACUGUAGAGGCCAAGAAGAGAAGCUUUGUGGGUACUCCAGGAAGUGCCUUGUCCAACGUCUGCUGCAGCUUGGACCCGCUGCUAGAGCCUUGUCUCCUGCUUCUCGCCUCGCUUGCUUCUGGCGCCUGAGCGAGUGAGCGAGCAAACGAACGAAAGUGCUGACCAACCCCUCCGCCAGCCAAUCCCCAACCUAAACGCACCCCACCCCCCAACCCCCCAUACAGCACCUCAACCAGCCAAUCCGGCACACAGGAAGUCAACCUGCUUUGCCUCCACGACCUGAAGUCCAUCUCUGAACCCCCAAACGCCUGGGAAGGACACCAUCUGCUGGGAAGAUUCUUCUUGACGAAUGACUGUCUCCACUGGAGAGGGUCAGAAGACAUCUUUGUUUUGGGGCUAAACCCACCAGUUUUGUGGAGGUUCUUGGUCAUUUUAAGGAGACUUCUGAGGUUACCCAGCCACUCCUUGGCGCUCAGACACACAGAGGGAUUUUCAAGCACUUACAGACUUUACCCUUUAUCGGGAUUUACUUUUGUCCUUUUUAUAUCCUUUUAAUUGUUGUUGACCCCCCCUCCCCCUUCCUCGUGUGUGUGUGAGUGUGUGGGCAACCAACCUUUUGGUGAAACCAAGUGCCAAGCGAGAGUUGCCAUGGCGAUGAACAUGGCGCACAUGCGGGACACCAAGUGGCUUACGCUGGAGGUGUGCCGCGAGUUCCAGCGGGGCACCUGCUCCCGCUCCGCCGACGAGUGCAAGUUCGCCCACCCCGCCAAGAGCUGCCAAGUCGAGAACGGAAGGGUAAUCGCCUGCUUCGAUUCCCUCAAGGGCCGCUGCUCCAGAGAGAACUGUAAGUACCUGCAUCCUCCCCCCCACCUGAAGACUCAGCUGGAGAUCAACGGCCGGAACAACCUGAUCCAACAGAAGAACAUGGCCAUGCUGGCCCAGCAGAUGCAGCUGGCCAGCGCCAUGAUGCCCGGAAGUCAGCUUCAGCCCAUGGUGAGGACCACCACAGAGAACAUCUUUCAUCAGCGAGAGGGCUCUCUAGGCUUGUGGAAUGAGAUCGGGAGCUUGGUGAACUUGCGACAGCCCAUGUUUUCCGUCACCCCAAGCCUUGCCGCCACCAAUGCCAGUGCAGCCGCUGCUGCUGCAGCUGCCGCCUUUAACCCGUACCUGGGGCCUGUGUCCCCGGGUCUGAUGCCGACAGAGCUCAUGCAAAGCGGACCCAUGCUGAUGGCCAGCAGCCCCAGCGUGCCUCAAGUGCAAUCCACCGCCCAGAAGCUCAUGAGGACAGACCGGCUGGAGGUCUGCCGUGAGUACCAGCGGGGCAACUGCUCGCGCGGCGAGAACGACUGCCGCUUCGCCCACCCGUCCGACAGCACCAUGAUCGACACCAACGACAACACGGUCACCGUCUGCAUGGACUACAUCAAGGGCCGCUGCUCGCGCGACAAGUGCAAGUACUUCCACCCGCCCGCCCACCUGCAGGCCAAGAUCAAGGCCGCCCAGCAUCAACUCAGCCAGGCCUCGGCCGCUGCCGCUGUGACUCAGUCGGCUGUCAAAUCACUGAAGCGACCCCUCGAGGCAACCUUUGACCUGGGAAUCCCCCAUUCUGUCAUGCCUCCUUUACCAAAGAGACCGGCACUUGAAAAAGCCAACGGUGCCACUGCCAUGUUUAAUACUGGCAUGCUCCAGUACCAACAGGCCCUGGCCAACAUGCAGUUUCAGCAGCAAGCUGCUUUUAUCCCUUCAGGCUCAAUAUUGUGCAUGACACCCACAGCAAGUGUUGUUCCCAUGAUGCACGGUGCUACACCAGCCACUGUGUCUGCAGCAACUACAUCUGCCACAAGUGUUCCCUUCGCAACCGCCACAGCCAAUCAGUUGACUACCAACGAAUACAUGCAAUUG